AUGGCCUCCAAGUAUACAGACGAGCACCCGGCCCACGUCCCGGAGAGCAAGCAGCACGUCAUCCAUGAGCCCGGCACCCGAGCGAUCUCGAAGAACAUCCCUCUGUCCGAGGUUAAUCGCCACUGCACUCCGGAGAACUGCUGGGUUGCGCUGAAUGGCAAGGUCUACGACUUGUCCGAGUUCAUGGAUCGACACCCUGGUGGCCCUACCACCAUCCUCGCCUGGGCUGGUAAGGAUGCUUCGAAGUUUUUCAACGACAUCCACAAGGGCGUCAAGAUUGACGCUUACUUGCGGCCGGAGGCGUUCUUGGGCGACCUGGGUGUGGAUGAGAGCCUCAUGUCCGACGAGUUCUGGCAUACUCUGCGAGAGGCGCGCAUCGUGGAGAUUCGGCAGGAGGUCGACCGUCUGCUGAACCAGUGCACCCGGACCCACAAGGCUGACAGCAUCCCGCGCCUCCUCCAGGACAAGAACGUGGACCCCCUGCUGAAGACGAAGCUCCAACGCCUGGAGACGCAGAAGCGAGCAGCCCUGGAUGCGGAGGAC